AUGUUCGAGGGCUUCGAGACGUUCGACAUCACCACGCAGACGUCGCCUGAGGUGACAAUACAUGGUGUCAAGAGCAAAAACGGUGGGCACAACCUCCCGCCUCUGCUUCUUCUCCAUGGCUUCCCACAGACUCACCACAUCUGGGAUGCUGUUGCUAGUCAGCUGCGAUCGCAGUUCGACAUAGUCGCCCUUGACCUUCGCGGAUAUGGGGAGUCGUCUACCCCGCGGGACCUGCCAAAUUACGCAAAGAGCGCAAUGGCGAGAGACUGUGUCAUGGUAAUGGAAACGCUCGGUUUUGAUACGUUUUGGAUCUGUGCACAUGACAGGGGGGCAAGAGUCGCGCACAAGCUGUGUGUCGACUAUCCGCAGAAAGUGAAAAAGGCGAUUUUGCUCGACAUUUGUCCCACUCUGGCCAUGUACACAUCGACGAACUUCGAAUUUGCGAGGUCUUACUUCCACUGGUUCUUCUUGAUUCAGAAAGAACCACUUCCAGAAACCACAAUAUCCCAAAAUCCCAGACGAUUUGCCGAGAUGUUCAUGGGUGGAAGACAAGCCAGCGGACUGGACAUCUUCAAGCCCGAAUGUUUCGAUCGGUAUGUGCGCAAUCUUGGAGGUCCGGCAAUCGUGCAUGCCAUGUGCCAGGAUUAUCGAGCAAGUGCGUCCUUGGAUAUGGAUGAGGCAAGAGAAGAUCUCGAAAACAACAGGCUCGUCCAAUGCCCGUUGAUGGUUCUUUGGGGUCGUCACGGGGUCAUUGAAAAGUGCUUUGACGCAGUGUCCGAGUGGAAAAAGGUCACCGCAGCAGAUGUGCCUGUCGAAGGGCACAGCAUUGACUCGGGGCAUUACAUUCCGGAGCAAGCCCCCGAUGAAGUUGUGCUGGCGAUUCAGAAGUUCUUCUCGUGA